UGGCGGAGCCCGAGGAGGCCAUCUGGGCCGCUUGUGCCGCGCGCCGUAAUGAACCUGCGGGGCCUUGUUGAAUGCGGGACGCGGAGUCACUCACCGAGCCUCGACCCCUCACCCCAAUUUGUGAGACAAAACGCGGCGCGGUGUGGGGGGGGGGUGCUGCUAUCCCGGAGCCCAAGAGAGAAUUAAGAAAACGUUGUGACUCGCAUUGCCACACAUCUCGCCAGACCACCACACACCCCUCCACACAUCGCACUCAGCAUCCACCGCACACAAGACCACACCACCGCAUUUAUUACACUUCACCAUACUCCACAGCCCCCACUUCACACACCAAGCCCACACCAUGCCACCAGGUUCCACACAAAUAAUUGCCCCGCAACGCACACCGUACUGAAUACGCCUCCACAAGACCACGCCUGUGACACCAUCCUUGGACCUCACCAGUGUAAUCUGUGCCUGACGUAAACCCCCUUCUGGUACAGCCAUGCCAAUAUUUUCACACUCCUGUAUACGGUCACGUAAUGUUAUACUGGACAGUGGAGAGACCAGAGGACGUCCCCGUCGCACCCCACGGUGAACGGGGAACGGCUUCGACUCCCCCGAGCACGCAGCUUCGAAGUUCCUUUAAUUACCACGAGUCAACUCCAUACUGCGAAUACAUGGCCAGGACCCUCCUGAAAAAGAGCCUUGAGACUCGGGGGAGGCCUUCCAAAAUAGUCCCCGUCCCGACCACGGUGGGCGGCGCACAGCCCUCUGCGCUCUGCGCCCUCCGCGCCGGAAUCCGAAACUCGACCCCAGCGCUCCCCGGUUUCACUUCCUCCCGGAAGACAAACGGCGUCGAGGAGCCGGGUGGUUCCCUUGUGGGACCCAGGCGGAGUCGGAGGGAGCCGGGGAGAUGGACGACGUGAGCGGGGUGUCGGUGGAGCCGUGCGCCGCCUCGCGAUACCUUCGACCCCAUCGCAUCUCCUACACGCAGAACGGGGUGAGGAAGACGUGGGACUUCAUGGAAACUCAUGACAGCGUCGCCAUCCUCCUCUUCAACACCACACGCCGCUGCUUUGUCUUCGUCAAGCAGUUCCGGCCAGCUGUCUACGUGAACGAGCGCGAGUGGAGGCGGAAGCAGCGACUCGUGGAGGCGACCGAGGCAGCGGGGACUCGGGUGCUGCGGGGGGCCAGAGGGGAGGGCGUUGGCGAUGAGGGGGGCCCGGCCUUGCCCGGCUCGGCGGGGGUGACAUGCGAGCUGUGCGCGGGCAUCCUGGACCACCCGGGGGUCUCGGCGGCGGAGACCGCACGCCUCGAGCUUAUGGAGGAGUGUGGCUAUGAUGUGCCGCUCGAGGAGCUCCACUGUGUCACCUCCUACAGGACAGGCGUGGGGGUGUCCGGGGCAAGGCAAACCCUGUACUACGCAGCCGUGACCGACGCAAUGCACACGGGGCCUGGCGGGGGCCGGUCCGACGAGGGGGAGCUCAUCGAACUCAUGGAGCUCCCGCUGGAGCACGCCGCUCAGUUCAUGGAUGCCGCGGACAUAGAGCGGCCCCUGGGCGUCCUCUACGGCCUCUUGUGGUUCCUGAGCAACGUGGCUCCGAGCCUGCCCAACACCAGUCCCGGGCCUGCCCCAGCCGUGGCCCCAACUUUAACCCAAUAGCGAUGUUCGUGUCCUUUACAAUAAAUAUAUUAUAUUCCAGUCAUGUUGCUCAAGUUGCCCUCCAAGUUUUCCCUGAACUUCCCCCAGAUUGCCCGAGUUUCCCCGAGUUACCCCAGAGUUGCCCCGAGAUGCCGCAGAGUUGCCCCAGAGUUGCCCCAGAGUUACCCCGAGUUUCCCCAGAGUUGCUCCCACCUUUGUCAUAGAGGAAGCCUCCCCAGUUGGUAUCGCAGUGGCACUGGCAGUGCUCGGAGCAGGAGCCGUACACACGCAGCCUGAGUAGGGGAUACACUCCCCGCACAGCGCUCGCUGGGGGGGAAGGGGGGGAGUGAGUGGUGAGGGAGCCCGGUGAGUGAUGCUUCAAGUUGCAGAGGCGACUUCUGAGCCCCUCACUUAGCGAUGGGUACUCGCUCUGUUGCCCCUCGUCUCACAAUCGUUGGUGCAUAUUCUACGUUUUGGCCCCACGAUGGCCGCUGUCCCCACGACGGCCGCUACCGCGCUGUUGGCGUCGCGAGUGGGCAGGGCUCGUGGAGCGAUGCGCAUUGAGCGAGUCUGGAGGGCGAUGGUGAAGGUGUUGAUGGUAUAGUUGAUGGUAUAGAUCGCCAUCAUCGAUGUACAGAUUGUAUAUUGAACUUCUUUCGCACCGUGCGUAGCCAACCGUGCUAAUCAGAGGUGCGGAGGAAGGACAGCAAACUUAGGACGUUUAAUUUGUGUAGAUGGCGACACGGUACUAAGCCUCAUGAUGAUGAUCAAUAUGAUGGUGGUUCUGAUGUUGACAAAGAUGAAUAUGAUUUAUGUUGAUGUCAGUUAUGAUGAGUGUGGUGAAGGUGCCAGUGAUCAUAAAGAUGGUGGCAAUGACGGUGUCGAUAAAGUUGUUGUUUAUGAUGAUAGUAACGAUGCUGGUAUCUGUGAUAGUAAUGAAUAAAUGGUGUGGUUAUGUUGACACACUUGGUUGUAUUAAGAUA